AUGUCGAAGAGAAGACCUGUUUGGGAUAACUACAAAGAGAAGGUAGCGAAGAAGAGAAUGCGGAAAGGGGAAGAAAAAGGAGCAACUGGUCCAAAAGGUGGGCUUGACUGUUCAGCGUUUGUCGGCGAACGUGGAUUGCAAAUGCCAAAAGUAUUCGCGCAUCGGGCCUUUGACGUUAGUUCCUUGUGAGAAAGAACUGACACUGGAAAACAUCAAAGCUGCAUGUAAGGUACACUUCAACACAGAAUUGGAAUGUGAUGUGCUUGCUGGAGAAUGUGGUCCUUUCUUUACCGAGUCAGGACAAAUCCAGAACUAGAAAGUUUUGCACGUCCGCUUCAUGGAAAUUCUCGAACACCCCAUGAAUGAAAAGUCUCGAACACAAACAGCAAGCAAACAGCCAAGACCCCAAAGCGAGCCACCAACCGGAAACCUCCCAAAAAGCUCUUUCCAACAUCCGCAUUUGAGGCAAACAACAUCUGUCAGUGUCAGACCAUCACCAUCUGUUGUGCGUUCAGUAUCACUAAGUCAGAUGCUGAAAUUGGGCAAAGUCAUCGUCCCAGAUAUUGAUGUGGUAACUCUUCGGCUUGAAGAGUUUUGCAUCUCAAGAAUGGAGUAGUUGGAACCUUUUGAGGUGUCACUUUCAUUGGAAAGAAAACCAUUUGCCAAUGGGGCAUUCCAUGAAGCGUUUUUGGCAAAAUCCAUUGCAGGUGUGCCUAAAGGAAAGUAUGUCCUUAAGAAAUAUUUGGAGGGAGAGAAAAAAGGAAUCGAGGCACUGUUUCAAUCCAUAGAACUCCAUACACGAAAGUCGGUUCAAUUAAAUGCCUUAGCUCGUAAUUUUGCUCAAAGUAUGGCUUCCGAGGUCCAAGCUUCAGAAUUUGGAGAAACAUUUAUUUAUGGUAAGGUCUACUAUUCGUCUCUAAAUGGUGAGCCUGUAACCUUAGAGAAUCACCUAGACGGUGUUUUUGAGAAGUUUAUCAACAACACUGGAGAGGUAGGUGUGUGUGAGACCUGAUGAUGCUAGUGAACUAAGCCUUAAAGCUGAGACAUUUGUUCACUAUACAUUCCAGAAAUCUAACCAACAAUUUAUGGUCACUGAUAUUCAAGGUGUUAAUUAUUCCUUAUGUGACCCCGAAAUUGCAACGGCUGAGCUGGCAGACCCUGAUGAUCAGGCAAUUCGUUUCUGCACUGGUAAUUUGUCAGAUACAGCAAUUCAAUCCUUUUUGACAUGUCAUGAAUGCAACAGAUACUGUGAGAUGCUGAAACUGUCAAAGCAACAGUGA